UAAAAUGCCACGUGCUCGUCUACAGUUUCAAACCCACAUCUUAACAGUGCAAUUGGCUUUUACUACGGCUGUAGCCCAGCGAGAUAUAAGCAAGAGUAUCGAGUCACUUUGUAAAGGAAAAAGACGGAGAGAGUACCAUGGCAUCUCUAAAGGGCUUUGACAUUGACGCCCCACGCUGGGACCAGUCCACGUUCAUGGGCCGACUCAAACACUUUUUCAACAUCACUGACUGUCGCACUGUUCUGCUGCCUGACUCCAGACUAGAUGAAGCCAAAGCUUUAGUGGAGAGCUGCAGAGCUGGCUCUAUCCCUCCAGGCACGACUGAGGAGCAGCUACACUAUGCCAAAAAACUGUUUGACUCGGCAUUUCACCCCGACACCGGUGACAGGAUGAACAUGAUAGGGAGAAUGUCAUUCCAGGUGCCUGGGGGUAUGGCCAUCACAGGCUUCAUGCUACAGUUCUACAGGACGGUGCCCGCUGUAGUGUUCUGGCAGUGGGUGAACCAGUCUUUUAAUGCCCUGGUCAACUACACCAAUCGCAAUGCUGCUUCCCCCAUUACUCCAAAGCAGAUUGGAGUAGCAUAUGUAACAGCAACAAGCACUGCACUGGCCACUGCGGUGGGGCUGAAUCUCUACACAAAGAAAGCUCCUCCUCUGGUGGCUCGCUGGGUGCCAUUUGCUGCUGUGGCUGCUGCUAACUGUGUGAACAUUCCUAUGAUGAGACAACAGGAGAUUUUGAACGGCAUUGCUGUUACAGAUGAAGAUGGAAAUAAACUGGGUCACUCAAGGAAAGCAGCUGUAAAGGGCAUCACACAGGUGGUCAUCUCUCGAGUUACCAUGGCAGCGCCAGGCAUGAUCAUACUGCCCAUUGUUAUGCAGAGGCUGGAAAAAUACAAAUUCAUGCAGAAAAUAAAAUUUCUUCAUGGGCCACUUCAAGUCAUGAUGGUUGGCGUAUUUCUGAUCUUCAUGGUGCCUGCAGCGUGUUCACUGUUUCCUCAGAGAUGUUCCAUUGCUGUAUCCAAGCUGGAACCUGAGCUCAGAGAUUCCAUCAUCUCUCAAUACGGGGACCGUGUCAGUUUUGUGUACUUCAACAAGGGCCUGUGAGUGCCGGCCAAUCAGACUAUUCCAUCCAGACUCUAUGCACAUGUCGAUGGCCAAUCAGACCCUUUUAUGACACCUUUUUCAACAAAAAAAAGAAAUAAGAAGGACCUUGUUGAGGAUGUGUCUAUUGCAUACAAUAUUCAGUUGUAUACAAUAUACAGUUGUAGAUGUUAUUUUUUAUUUUUUUGUUUUGUUUAAACUUUUUGAUUACGAGGUUUAGUUUUAUGUCCCGUAAGAAACAUUUAUGGAUAGGUUUUAUAUUUGGUCCUGAUAACUGCUGCUUCUGCUGCAAAAAAAAAAAAAAAAAUUCCAGAGAAUUUAUGGGCAAACAUGCUCAAAUAUCUCUGUUAUUCCUUCCUGUUGGUUAUACACUGAAUAAUUAAGAACAGAUUUAAUGUCUAGAGAACUAUGUUUCUCUCAGAAGCCAAUAGGGAAGUCUGACUCUAUCUUUUACUGCAUUUCUCAGGAAGGGUUUAUUUUAAAGGUUUAAUGCAUUAAUUCUCACUAAAGCCCUUGUUGAAAUCAUUGAAAAUACUUUUAUCCGUUUUUUCUUAAAGGGAUUGUUUACCCAAAAAUAAAAAUUCUCUUGUCAUUUACUCACCCUCAUGCCAUCCCAGAUGUGUAUGACUUUAUUUCUUCUGCUUAACACAAUUCAAGUGAAUGGUGGCCAGAACUUUGAAGGUCCAAAAAGAACAUAAAGGCAGCAUAAAAGUAAUCUAUAUGACUCCAGUGGUUAAAUCUAUAUCUUCAGAAGCAACAUGAUAGGUGUGGGUGAGAUCAAUAUUUAAGACCUUUUUUACUAUAAAUUUCCACUUUCAAAUUCUUCUUUUGUUUUUGGCGAUAAGGACUUAAGGACUUAAAUAUUGGUUUGUUUCUCAACCAUACCUAUCAUAUCGCUUCUGAAGAUAUAGAUUUAACCACUGUGACUGGAGUCAUAUGGAUUAUUUUUAUGCUGUCUUUGUGAUUUUUGGAGCUUCACAGUUCUGGUCACCAUUCACUUGCAUUGUAUGGACCUACAGAGCUGAGAUAUUCUUCUAAAAAUCUUCAUUUGUGUUCAGCAGAAGAAGAAAGUCAAACACAUCUGGGAUGACAUGAGGAUGAGUAAAUGAUGAGAGAAUUGUAAUUUUUUGGGUGAAAUAUCCUUUUAUACUGGCUGUAUAUUCCUGAAUGACUGAUCAGUUUAAAGUUGUUUGAAAUACCAAUUACAUAAAGCGGUGCCGUAUAAACUGUCCAUGAAAUGUCAGUUUUAAAGAGCAUUUCACAGUUGGAAUGUGCCUUCAAUACAAAAACCAUCUUCAGGAUGCUGUUGAAUCCAACUUUGCCCUCACUAUGAACUUUGUUCUGAGUUAUGUACUUGUUUUCAUCAUUAUGAGAUGAUGAAAUAAACAGACAGCUGUCAAAAUAAACACUUGUCAGUGACAAUUCACUGGAGUAAAAACCAAAGUAGACUUUUUGUUUAUUUUAUGAAGAACUUUAAUGCUCUCAGUAUUCAUUCCUGCCACAAGAGGGCAGUAUCUGAUUAUUUUAAAUUUGAGAAAAAACUUGAGAGAGCGCUUGUGAAGGUAAAUACUCCGCUUCAGUCAAAUAUUGACUCGAAUGUACCAAAACAUAAUCCAAAAUUGUCAUAAAACACUUCUUUUUGGGUUGAUCUGACACUGGGGGUUGCACAAAAGUUUUGCGAUUUGUUAUCAAUCUAAAUAAACUAAUGAAUAAACAGAUGACAGAUGUGUAUAUGAGAUAAUAUAGAGAACAUUCAAGACAUAUCACAUAUGUUGAAGCCAUCUGUUUGCCUGGUGUCUGAUACAGACUGCUUAUAUUGUACUGACAAAUGAAAGCUGACUGCAGCUGUACACUAUUUCUCUCCAUAGAUUAAUUAGGGGUCAAGCCUCGAAGGGGCUGUAGCCCUAUAGCAUCCAUUAGUUUUCUAUAUUAUUAAUAAUAUUCUUCUGGCUAGGAGUCUAUGGCAGCCCAUAGGACUGUAUGUAGGAAAAUGAUGAAAUUUGGCACUCUGAUAGGGGUGGUCAUGAAUAACCCCCAUACCAAAUUUGGGGUCUCUAGGACAUACUCUAUAGAGCCACCACCAUGCCAAAAAUCCACUUUUAUUUUGGGCGUAUCUUUUGAACCAUUUGUCCUAGAGACAUAAUUCUUUUUUGUCUGAUUACUCUAAUCCUGAUGAUUCCAAUGGACUCCAUUAAAACUCCACCCAUUACAGUGGCCGCCAUCUUGGAUUAUGAUGUUUACAGUUUAAACCUUUCACAUCCUUUAAACUUGGUUUGAUUUUUCCAAACAAUGGCUCAAAAUAAUCUCCAGACUGAGUCGCACAGAUAUGACUUAACUUCAUGUUGAUUUUUGCAAUUGUUGAAAAGUUACAGCAUCGUGAAGUUAACGAGGUUGACGUGAAAUAGGAUUUAAGGCUAAAUCUCGGCAACCCUUUGUCCUAUCAAAACGAAACUUGGUAUGCUUUAUCAGGAACAUGAUCUAAGGGUACAUGCUGAGUUUGGAGACAGCGAUACCUAUGGGUAGAGAAACGUGAAAUUUUUUUGUUUUUGCCCAAAACCUUUGAACCAUAUGUCCUAAAAUCAUGAAGGUGGUGUUAGAUUCCUUGGGUCAUGAGGAUUUCAAUAAUACCAAAUUUUCCCAUAUUGGCCAUACUGCCUCUUUGCCAUUUUUAAUUAUAUUAGACUUUUUUUAAUAUCUUUUGAAUGCAUUGUCGGAUUUGAAAGAAAAUUGGUAUGCUUCAUCAACAUCAUGUCCUGAGGAUACCUGAGCAGUUUGGAGACAGCUCCACAUAGUGGUCAAAAUGCUUAUUCAAUAUUAGCUAAAAGUUCGGUGUAUUAUUGCAUCCUUAUUCUAAGUUUUCAGAAAAUGCAGAGACAAAUUUCAAAAUGUAUUUAUUGAUUGAUUUUAUUUAAAACCUUCUGACUCUGAGCUUGGUAUGUCUCUUUAGCACUUCUAUAGCUUGUGGCUUUAUAGCACAGUGGUCUGUGCAAUGUGUGUGGCCUGGAGAAGAAAGGGUGCUGGUUCAAGUCUGAACUCUGGGCAAGAUGAGCACAAUUUUGAAGUUGCAAUGAACUUUGUAUCCAGACUGUUCUUUCUUUCAGUUGUGUUUGAUAUCAGCUAUAUCUGCUCUCUGAUGUUUUUUGUCAUUGGGAUGCGUUUUCAACAUCAAGUCCUGAGGGUACCUGAGCUGUUUGAAGACAGCACACCUAUAGUUAAAAAGAAUAGCCACACUUGUGUGCUGACUCUAAACUCAGCUUGUCUCUUUGCCACUCAUUGAGCACAUCAACUGAGUGUCACAGUGUGUUAAACAUUGGACUAUAAUUCAAAAAGUCAUGGGUUUGAAUCCCCACCUAAGCACGUCAUCUGGUUUGAUUUAUCUUUUACUGGAGUCUUUGUACUGUGUUUACUGAAUGAUAGCAGGGCUAAUUGAAUUUUGAUUUUCAUCUUUGUUGUAAAGUUACUUCAAUAUGAAUUUGAUCAUGAUAACUGCUGUGUUUGGCUGUGCUUACUGUCAGCAUGGUAUGACACUCUGGUGGCUGUCAACCAUGAAGCAGCAUGGUUCAGUGGAUUGUGCACAGAGCUGUAAUAUGUAAUAAGCCACCAACGUGGUGGUGUGGUGGACUAAAGCACUGAACUGGUAAGCAGAAAGUUGUUUGUUCAAUCCCCACAGCCACCACCAUUGUGUCCUUGAGCAAGGCACUUAACUCCAGGUUGCUCCAGGGGGAUUGUCCCUGUAAUAAGGGCACUGUAAGUUGCUUUGGAUAAAAGUGUCUGCCAAAUGCAUAAAUGUAAAUAUGGAAAGGUACAGGUUCAAACCCUGCUUGGUAUGACUUGUAUUGUACCAGUGUGCAUUUGCAAAAUGUAGCCACUCUGAGGGUUCUAUAUGUCCUGUAGGCCAUAUAGGCAAUUUAAGGGGCUUGGCCCUGGGAUGGCUGCUUGCAGCUAUAUUCUAAAUUGUUUUUGUUCUUUGUAAAUUCACACAAAUAUGUGCUU